CGCGCGACCGUAGCACGCGCGCGACAAGGGUUGCCGUGGCAACUGCAACCCAACGUAACGUCUGUUUGUUUAAAAGACCUGCAGGUAGUGUGGCGUCCGGGGGAGAGAGUAUGCGUUAACUGGCAACAGAAAGAAAUGCUGGGUUUUGUAGUUCGAGGCAGGCAGCUGAGUUAAAAUAAGUACGAGUUUCUAUAAGAAGAUGGAGUUUGAGACGACGGAGAACGUGCGCUCGACGCCAAGUCGCCACGAGAAAAGUUUGGGGCUCCUCACGAUGAAGUUUGUCAGUCUACUACAAGAAGCAAAGGAUGGCGUCCUUGAUUUAAAAGUGGCUGCAGACAGCUUGGCAGUGAAGCAGAAGAGAAGGAUAUAUGACAUCACCAAUGUGCUGGAGGGUGUUGGGCUGAUUGAGAAGAAGAACAAGAAUAUAAUCCAGUGGAGGGGGGAGAACAGAAGCAGCCAAACUCAGGAGGUGCUGGAGCAGGUGGAAGUUUUAAAGGCCCAAAUAUGUGAGCUCGAGGCUCAAGAGAAAGAGCUAGAUGACCAAAAUGCCUGGCUGGAAGAGAACAUUGAACACUUCAAUCGCGAUCCCAUCACCAGCAAUUAUAAAUUUGUGACACAUGAAGACAUCUGCAGUGCUUUCAGUGGAGACACUCUUCUUGCUGUUGUUGCUCCUACUGGAACUCAGCUCGAGGUGCCACUGCCUGAAAUGGGCCAGGCUGGUCAGAAGAAGUACCAGGUGAAUCUGCGCAGCUACUCGGCUCCCAUCCAGGUCAUGCUCAUCAACCGGGAUUCAGACUCCACAAUACCUGUGGUGUUUCCUGUACCGCCAACUGACAAUAUCUGUCCAAUGCCAACUCCACCCAGCACCCCUGCCAGCCUGCAGAGGUUCCCUCUUUCCAUGUCUGCAAGCUCCACUUCCAACACCACCACCUCCUUCUGCAGCCAGGACUCUCUCUGCUCAGACCACCAGGUGGUGCUGCCAGAAGACAAACUGCUGACGCCAUCUUGCACCCCUCCUGAUGUGCAGAUGGAGUGUCACAGUCAGCAGAUGGACCUGGCAGGCCCAGAGUUCCAGUCCAUGCUGGACGUGAGCAGCCUGCUGAAGCUCAGUGCUGCUGGAGACCACAUGAGGAACGUCAGAGAAGGAGCUGUUGACCUGAUUGAUGAACUAAUGUCUACUGAUGGUAUAGACUACAGCUUCAAUCUGGAUGACAGUGAGGGAGUGUGUGACCUGUUUGACAUGCAGAUCCUCAAUUACUAAUGGCUGACUGUGACUGUGCUGCACGCAAAUACAAUCUUGAGGUACAUUUUGCCUCACUUCAAAGAUGAUUCAAUAGAUAGAUAGUUUUUCCUAUUA